AUGUUUCCUGCCGUUAUCUCAUUCUGCACCUACGGUGAUCGGUUGGAAGAACGACUGUGUGACCGAAUAGUAGCCGGCAUUAACAAUCUGACACUCCAACGGAAGUUGAUGGAGAAGAAGCAUUCAACUUUAGCUGAGGCCCGAAAGAUCUGGGAACAAUUUGAUUGUCUGACAAAAGCGACUUCAACUGACGCACUCACUCUAUUUCAGCGGCAGGCAAUGAAACCGAAUCGACCUCCAAUGGCCAAAAACACACCGAAGCCGCAGCGAGACCCUUCUAGCAUUGAUAAACUUAUCAACCCGUGUCUGUCAUGCGGAGCUUACUAUUUGCGCUCCAGUUGUCAAUUGCGCAAUGCCAGGUAUCAUGCGUGCCAUAUUCAGAGAGUAUGCAAACAGCCCCGUUGCUAUCUCGCACAGCCAACGGCCGAAAAUGACACAAACCUUGUGAUUUCUCUAGACCCUAAAGUCAGUAUUCCCAAUUCCUGUACAAAGAUGUGA